CGAAACUUAAGGAGGAAAAGUUAAUCUCACGUGAAUCAACAUGAAAUCGCCGGCUUCAGCCUCAUGGAAAGCCCCUCUGAAGUUCAGGAUGCCGGCAGCGGAGAAUUUAGUACCCAUUAGGCUGGAUAUCGAAGUCGAUGGUCAGCGGUAUAAAGACGCUUUCACUUGGAACCCUUAUGAUCCCGAUUCAGAGGUGGUGAUGUUUGCAAAAAGGACUGUAAAAGACUUGAAGCUUGCCCCUGGUUUCCUUCCUCAAAUCGUUCAGUUCAUUCAGUCACAGCUUGCCACCUUUCGAUCAUAUGCAGGCCAAGACAUGUAUGUUGGGGACAAGAUUGUUCCAAUUAAGCUUGAUCUUCGAGUCGAUCAUACGGUUAUUCGGGAUCAGUUUUUAUGGGACUUGAACAACUUUGAUAGUGACCCUGAAGAAUUUGCUAGAACUCUUUGCAAAGAUGUAGGCAUUGAAGACCCUGAAGUUGGGCCAGCAAUUGCCUUAGCAAUCAGAGAGCAACUUUAUGAGAUUGCGAUUCAAAAUGUUACUUCAGCAAGAGAGAACAGAAUAAACAAAAAGGGUCGUCGAGCAGCUGAACAUUUCCCUAUCAGUAAACCUAGUGGUGCUGCAUUGGACUUGAUGAAGUUAUUCAGAUCAAGUGUUGUUCGGAAAAGAAAGGAGUGGGAUUAUUAUAAACCCGUUCUCGACCUUCUAUCUAAUGAAGACGUAGAUGCUCUUGAAGCCAAAGAAGAGAGGAGUGGUUGAUAGAUAAACGUAGUAUGUAUAAAUGAUUAACUAUCAACAUUUGUAUUUUGUUGCUUGGUCUUCGUGAUUCAACCUGCUUUGUAUAAAAUUUGGUUGAAUUCUUCCACAAUUUCAUC